CUUCAACUUGAAGAUUUCACUGUAAUCUUGUGUGACGUAAACUUGAUACAGUGACAUAUGCUGCUUUCCGGCACAGCACUGGGCCUGUAAAUACCUCGUUGCUCCAGGGGACGAGCGGGUAAAGUGAACCAACAGCCAACAACUGUUAAAUACCUACGACCCCGCACAAAACUCCCAAGAUUGCAUUCGACCUGCACGACUGUCACCAACAAAAAUCCGAGUUGCACAAGAUGGCGAAUGAAAAGUCUAAAAGUUCAUCACCAGCUGCAGAGCCAUCACCUCCUAGAGAUGCUGAUAGUCCUGAAGAGGCUGUUCUCGUAAGUGCGACGACGGAAAGCCGGGCUAACGCUAAAGCCAAUGACUAGGAAGCAGGUGAUGACGACUCUGCACUUGGGGUUACCGAUGAUGAGUUAUCGACCGCAUCUUUGCGCUCCAGUAUUUACGAAUACCAUAUGAUCAAUGGCCGCGGAUAUCAUAAAGAUGAGAAAUAUUGGCUCCCUAGCGAUCAAAAUGAAUCGGAGCGCCUAGAUCUCCAGAACCACCAACUCCUCUUGACAUUCGGCGGCAAGAGAUAUUUCUCGCCCAAUGCCGACACAGCAAAGAGAGUCCUUGAUGUUGGAACCGGCACGGGAAUUUGGGCUGUCGAGUUUGCUGAUGAACAUCCCCAUGCCGAGGUUUUUGGCAUCGAUAUUGCUCCUAUCCAGCCAGAUUUCGUCCCUCCCAACUGUACUUUUGAGAUCGACGACGCGGAGAAGGAAUGGACGUGGACUAAGCCCUUCGACUACAUCUUUGUUCGACUCAUGGUCGGUAGCAUAGCAGACUGGGACAAACUAAUCCGACAAUGCUACGACAACUUGGAACCCGGAGGCUGGCUCGAAGUCAUCGACCCCGUAUUCCCCGCCAAAUCCGAAGACGGCUCCCUCAAACCCGACUCCCCCCUUCACCGCUGGGACGAACUAACCGCCAAAGGCGCCCUGGCUCUCGGCCGUCCCUUUGACGAAGGCGUCAACCACGAAAAGCGUCUUAAAGAAGCUGGCUUCGUCAACGUUACGAGAAAGGCGUUUAAAUGGCCUACUAACACUUGGCCCAAGGAUCCAAAGUUUAAGGAGAUUGGACUCUGGACGCUUGCUAAUAUCGAGAGGAAUCUUGAGACUAUUAGUAGCUUUUUGUUGAGGCAGGGACUUGGGAUGAGUCAGGAGGAGAUAUUGGUGUUUAUUGCAGAGGUUAGGGCUGAGAUGAGGAAUUUGAAAGUCCAUGCUUAUUGGGAGGUGUUUGUUGUUACUGGGCAGAAGCCAGAGGAACUGGUCCAGGAGUAGGUGCACCAGCUUCGUAUCGCAGAUAUUAUGAAGAGUGGCCUUCGUUAUGGUGGGAGAUAGACUCACAUAUAUAGAGUCGUUUCUUCAAAAGUUACGUAGUACAUCAUACAACCAGAACAAACACCCGAAAACAUUCUUGUAACCUUUGCGUUGAAGAUCAAAUCCCUGAACUACAGGUAUGAAGUAACACUAAACAUAACCCCAUCUUCAUAUAACAUUCGGAGGCGUCGCACCAGCCAUCAAAUUCGUCCUCUCCUCCCUCUUCGCCUG